AUGUCAUAUCUUGAAGAAUUAACUUUAUAUCUUCAUAUCUUGGGUGGAUCUACAUUCAUCUCUGGUACUCAUCUUGAUAAUGAAAUUCUUAGUCAAAUGCCGCGACUUCGUACAUUCUCAUUUUAUUUCGCUUCUGAGAAUGCCAUUGUUGAUCCAGCUAUUCAUAUAUCUAAUUCAGAUAUUGAACGAACUUUCACCAAUAUAAAACAUCGACAGAUGGCUUGUUUGAUAGAUGAUUACAGUUGUAUGAAAUUGGUUUGUCGCGUCUUUUCACUUCCAUUUAAAUUUGAUCGUCUUGAAAAUAUCACAAAUAAUAUUCCAAAUAUUGUAUUCAAUUCUGUUAGUCAUUUGAAAUUACGCGAUAAAUAUCCAUUCAAACACGAAUUUUUCAUUCGAGUUGCUCGUGGUUUUCCAUUUCUUAAAAGUUUAUCUAUUGACACUGUUCUAGCACCAAACUGGAGAUCUCACGAAUAUCAUCGUUACCAUAUUGAUUGGUGCUCAAUUAUUGAAUAUCCUCACCUUAUUUCACUUGAUGUCUAUUCUGCAAAUAGUUAUUAUGCUGAACAUUUUCUCAAUGAAACAAAAACACAUCUACCUCGUUUAACGGAAUUAAAAAUCCGUUAUGAAGAUUUGGAAAUGGUGACAAAAAACUUUACAAGAAAUGAAACGCGAUGUAAUUGUGCUAAAGUGAAGCGAUUAAUUGUUAAACAUCGCAUAGUUUAUUCGAAAGAUGUUUAUCACUAUUUUCCUUUAUUGUGA